AUGACGGACACUAACGCCGGCGGACUGGACACCGUUUUAAAGCAACUAGGUCCUUUUGGGAGAUAUAACGUUAUCAAUUACAUGUUAUUCUUAUAUCCCUGUUUCUUGGCCGGAAUGUACGGAUCGGUUUAUGUAUUCGAAGCUUCCGAUAUUAAUUAUAGAUGCGAAAUAAAAGAAUGCGAAACAUCUAACAACAGCGCUUGGAUCGAAUUCGGGAUACCACAGGACAAAGGAAGUUUGUCUAAAUGCGAAAGGUACUCGUUCAAAAAUAGCACAUUGAAUAAUGGAACUUGUACUCAAGAUAUGUUCGACAAUCAUCUAAGAGAAAAAUGUGAUACUUAUGUGUACAGCGACGAAGAUUCGGCAGUUAAAGAUUUCAAUCUGGGUUGCGAAAAUUGGAAGAGGACACUGAUCGGUACAAUCCACAACUCUGGUCUAUUUGUGUCUCUACCUCUCACCGGUAUCAUGUCUGAUAGAUUCGGUAGGAAAAAGGCUUUGGCUGUAGCUUCACUGAUGAACUGCAUUUUUGGAGUGAUGAGAUCGUUUUCAGUCAACUACCUUAUGAUGGUAGCUUGCGAGUUCUGCGAGGCGGCUUUUGGCGCUGGGGCAUAUUCGACAGCUUUUGUUUUAGCAAUGGAACUCGUAGGACCCAAAGGCAGAGUAUUCGGGAAUACUUUGAUAAAUGUAUUCUACGUUUGUGGCUUAAUGACAUUGGCUGGUUUAUCAUGGGUACUACAAGACUGGAGAACCUUACUGCGAGUCAUAUACUCGCCAGCAUGCCUUGUCUUCUCCUACAUUUGGAUUCUAAACGAGAGCAUAAGAUGGUUGCUCAGUAAGGGAAAACACGAAAAGGCCGUCGAAAUACUCAGAAAGGCGGCAAAAAUGAAUAAAGUGGAACUAUCUGAGCAAGAUCUAACGCCAAUUUAUGAACUAGAUAAAGUCAAAGCGACAAAAGAUAAAGAUUAUCUCGUUGUAAGCGCCGAAGGUCCAUCUAUCUUCCAGCAAGUGAUCAGAUCGAGUAUAAUCAUCAAGAGAUUAUUAACGUGCUCCUAUCUUUGGAUUACUUGCACUUUCGUGUACUACGGAUUGUCAAUAAACUCUGUCUCGUUGGCUGGUAAUAAAUACGUAAAUUUUAUGCUGGUUGCCUUCGUGGAGAUUCCAGCGAACUUUGCGUGUCUGGCCGUUUUGGAUCGAUUCGGAAGGAAGAGGGUUUUGAUAACGAUGUACAUUUUAAGCGCGAUUCUGUGCAUUGGAUUGGCUUUUAUCCCUAAAGAUAAAGCAUGGUGGUCCUUGAUCGUAUAUCUCUCUGGAAAGUUCUCGAUAACGAUCGCGUACAGUUCCGUCUACAUCUACGUGUCAGAAGUCUUCCCUACGAAUGUGAGGCAGUCACUUCUAGCCGUCUGCUCGUCUACUGGACGUAUUGGGUCAACUUUGGCACCUUUAACACCUCUGCUCGCUCUAUACUACGAGAAACUCCCGGUCAUUUUCUUCGGUACUUUAGCAGUUUUGGCCGGCAUGCUGGUCUUCACGCUGCCGGAAACUAUAAACGUUCGGUUACCAGACACGAUAGAGGAGGCCGAGAGAUUGUCUAAUCGUAAAAACGAAGAAAACCUUUCGUGAUAAAAAUAAAUUAUUAGUUUAGUUUGAAUGGACUCGAAUUUGUAGCGUACUAUGUGAACUUCUGGCGAGUCAAACUCGAUGGAAAACCGCGUUCAUUACCAUUGAAAAUACCGCGUGAGUCAAAUAACAUGUUUUGUUUUUAAUUGGUCAAUGAAUACUUUCCAAGAUUUUCUCAUAUAUAAGUGGCUUGUCCAACAAUAGCUGUUACAACGUCUUGUUUAUCUAUUAAGAGAAACAUCAGAUAAAUAAACUAUACCUCUGUUUCUAUCUUUACCCCUCGCCCUCUCUCUCCUUGCCUCUGUUAAAAACUAAAUAAAUUUGGCUUGCACGGUAAACGAUGUUAUCAUAUUACAAUUUUUUUAAACGAAAGCUCUGAGUUAUAACCACAAAUGUGUUUUUAACAUUCCCAAUUUUAUUUAGUCGUAAGAUUUACUACGUGUCAAAUGUACAAAUAUUUUAAUAUUUUUUUAAAUUAAGUGUGAUAAAAUCACAGUUGGAAAUGAAAAUUUUAGAUUUCUUCAAUAGAUGUAAGAUUCGUCUUUUUUAAUGGGAAUGUCUGCGUAUGUAUGAAAAUGAAGGUUUGAAAAUAAUGUUACAUUGAAAUCAAACAAAUAAUGCAAAGUACAAACGUAAAAUGUAGUUUUAAUAAAAA